AGCAGCGUCUGUGAAUGGUGGGCGGGUGGAGCCGCGGCCACGUCCUUUAGCGGCUGCCGCUUGUCAGCAAACAUGGCUGCUGCCGGGCAAAAGAUAAGGGCCACUGCGGUGGGACACGCAUCGCCGUCGUCGAUCCGGCGGACGUCCCUCUUGCUUCUCUUUGUGCUGCUGGACAUGGCCCUGCUGGCCUGGGGCCAGGAGGGGAACGAUACUGCCCUUCAGAGAGAGCCAUCUCAGAAGAGAACUACUUUGCUACAAAACACUAAUUCACCACCCAUAAUUUCAGCAGCCAGCCAGAUCACUACAAAGAUUUCAACAAAAAGUGAAAUCCUCUCAGCAACUUUGGAAGUGGAUCCUUCUGUUGUACCUGACCUGACUGUAGCAGAGGAUAAAUCAGCCACAUCUCCUACGCCAGUGUCUUUCAUAUUUAAUACUGAUAUUGGUGAAGACACUGAUGAUGAUGAUAUUGAUGAUGACAUUGUAGAUAACUUAUUGCCAAAUUCACUAUCUACUGCAAAAGAAACUGUAGAUCCUGGUGAUUCUCAAGAAGAUGACAAUCAAAUUGAAGUGGUAUUGAAUUCCCAAGAUGAAGAAGCAGAUUGGGCAAGCACACACAGCUAUGGAAAGCAAUUUGCUGACGAGAUGAAGGACUCUAUCUCAGGGCUAGAAGAAGAUAGUCAUUUCUUUUUCCAUCUGGUGGUUGUUGCCUUUUUGGUAGCUGUGGUUUACAUCAUGUAUCAUAAUAAAAGAAAGAUCAUUCUGUUGGUUCAGGGUAGAAGAUGGCGAGAUGGACUUUGCUCCAGAACAGUUGGAUAUCAUCGUUUAGAUCAAAAUGUUAAUGAGGCAAUGCCUUCAUUAAAAAUUACCAAUGAUUAUGUUUUUUAAAAGCUAUGUGAUUUGAAUUUGCCAACCUAAUUUUUUGCUUUGUAUUUAUAUAAUGUGCAGAUGUUGCUAUAUGCAACAAGCAUAUGUGCACUCUUUUGCCUUUAAUUUUUUAGCCUUAUAUGAGGACGUGUAAGGUCAGUAUUUACUUCUGGUGACAAACUUCAGAAUCAGCAUACAAUAAUGCCAUUUUAAUUCACUUUUUUCUACCGUAUUUCUUUCUGCCUGGAGCAGUUAAUUAUCCUUGUUCAGUAUAUAGCCAUGUAGUAGUCUAGACUCACUAGUGAAUCCAGAACUAGUGGAUAACACUAAAAAACCUUUCUGGUGGUUGGUUGCCUGGUUGAAUCAUGUUUUUUUCUCCCUUCAGUAUAGAUUUUAUAAAGUGUCCAUCUAUGUAAAACUGGGCCACUUUUAGCCAAAUUACUUGGACUGUGUAGAAAAAUAUUUGGCAUGUAUUACUAUAAUAUCAGUAUACCUUCUUCCAUAGUUCACGAAUGCCAGUGUGAAUUUUUGCUGAUUCGGUGUCCUAUUCUCAGAAAUUCUGUUGUAGAAAUUUUGCCUUCAAAAAUCUGGAAUUAAGAUAAAAUUUUUAGGCUAGAACUUGAGAUCCAAAGUAAGCACAUCUACUCUUCCAUCUGCAUUUUAAAAGUAGGAUUGUCUAGGAACUACUUGGUUUUGUUACGUUUGUAAGCAUGGAAGGUGGCAGGCUCAAAAGAGAUUUACUUAAUGUGUUAGUCUGACCGAAGUAACUGUCUGCAGAUAAUGAAAUGCCAUGGGCUGAAGCUGCCCAUCUUCAGCAGAUACUGAACUCUUCUUUAAUUUAGUCAAAAGAUAAACCCCUUCCAUAUGGGUCAUACAGCUAAUUCUUGGUACAUUACGUUUUUUAAAAUUUGGGGUAAUUUUGCUAUUUAUGUUCAUUUAUACAAGUUGUAAAGUAUACAGUUUCAUAGAGUUACAUUUAUGUACAUCCUGUUUAUGACUGAUUCUUUUCAGGUCUGGAAAAUAUGUAAAUAACUGAAACCAUAAUUGAUGACUUUAUAUUCAUGUAUAGUGUACUAUUCUGAAAAACUCUCAAACAUCUGGCAUGAAAAGAGUUGCAGUGGGCAUGGUCUUUAGUAGAGCAGCUGUUGAGCUUCUAUAUUUCUACAUUUAGUGUUUCUGAAUGCAAGAAAAAAGAAAUACAAGCAAGAUAUGCCAGAACUGUGUCUUGCAGGAAUUUUUGUUGUAUCUCUUAACAAAACUUUUAACAUAAAUGCCAAGAAUAUAAUUUUAUGGUAAUUGUAGCUUGAUUUGUACAGGUGUACAUUUCUAAUAAAGAGAAUUCUUUUUGAUCAAGUCUACACAAA